AUGGAGGGGGGAGAUCUCAACAUCUCCGAGCUGGCAGCUGAGGAAACUGCAGUCCUGGAUGUCCCUAGUGAGUUUAGGAGGCCAGUGAUCAAGUGUUUCCCCAGGCUUCAAGAAGAGGAAAGCACAACUUCUGAGCAUGAGCUGUGGCAAGACAAAGUGCUGAGGGCUGAGGAUCUGCACCUCGAGACCAUUUCAACCAAUAAGGCCACUGGCAAGUGCGAGGAAGAAUUGGAUAAGGGUGUGGAUUGCAGCUUCUCAGCAGAAAAGGUGGAGAUGGGACAUAAAGAGGCGUGUCGAGGAGACCUGGAUCUGUUGUCUCCCUCAAAUGGAGUUCAAGUCAGUGCUGACUUGGUUGGCAGGCCAUGCAAGGUGCAUGCUGUGGCCAGCCAGCAGUGCCUGUGGGAUGGUGGUGGCAGGACAGCUGGGCAGGAGCACCAGCAGCCCAGUCCUCCCGACAAAGGAACAGUAGGGACUUGUGAGAAAGACAGCAAAACUUCCAAAGACUCCAAACUGGUAUCCCCAGGGCACGGGGAAAAUGGGGCACUGGAGGGGCCGGAGGAGUACACAGAGGUGGUGGAGGGUCAUUCUGGCAGCCCAGGCCCCCCACCUACAGCUGUGUCCCAGAAGGAGAGGACCAAACGCAGGCACCGCUGCGGGGAGUGUGGCAAAGCCUUCCUGCAGCUCUGCCACCUCAAGAAGCACCACUUUGUCCAUGCUGGCCACAAGCCCUUCCUCUGCACAGAGUGUGGCAAGAGCUACAGCUCAGAGGAGAGCUUCAAGGCCCACGUGUUGGCCCACCAGGGCGUGCGGCCCUUCCAGUGCAGCCAGUGCGACAAGGCUUACCGCACCAAGCGAGACCUGCAGGAGCACCAGGUCCUGCACACCGGGCAGCGCCCCUUCUCCUGCGAGCACUGCGGCAAGGCCUUCGCGCACCGGCCCUCUCUCCGCAUUCACAGGAAGACCCACCAGGCCGCCGGGACUGACGCUGCCGCUCCCGCGGGAUGCCAGUGUGCCAUAUGUGGGCGCCGCCUGGCCAACCCCAGCUCCCUGCGCAACCACGUGCGCCUGCACACGGGGGAGCGCCCCUACGCCUGUCCCCGCUGCGGGAAGGACUUCAGGCAGCAGAGCAACCUGCGCGAGCCCCUGCGGCUGCACACGGGCGAGAGGCCCCACAAGUGCCGCUUCUGCGGCGACGCCUUCCCCAAGCUGCCGGAGCUGCGGAGACAUCUCAUCUCCCACACGGGUGAGGCCCACCUGUGCACUGUCUGCGGCAAAGCGCUGCGGGACCCCCACACGCUGCGUGCCCACGAGCGCUUGCACACGGGCGAGCGCCCGUUCCGCUGCGAGCAGUGCGGCAAGUCCUACACCCUGGCCACGAAGCUGCGGCGCCACCAAAAGUCCCACCUGGCUGACAAACCCUACCAGUGCGAGCUCUGUGGCAUGGGCUACGGCCUUCCCCAGAGCCUCGCGCGCCAUGUGCUCACCCACAGAGCACAGAAGGACCCUGAGGAACUCCGCGCUGCAGCGGCCUCACUUGCUGUGGACCUACCCCAGGCAGCAAAGAAAAAGCCUCAGAGGAAGGGCCACCAGGAAGAGGUUGUUCCGCCAGCAAAGGACAUCAUUGAAAUCACCAUCUCUGAGCAUGAGGACAAAUGCCUUAUAGUGCAGGAUGAGGACUCACCAAGUGACGUGGUCAUCAUCCAGGAGGUGGGCUUUGGAGCAGUGGCAAAAGUGGUGGAGGUUGAGACUGGGACCUGA